AUGAUGCUCGCCUUACUCCCUGGAGAGAUUGUUCUCCAGGUGGUAUCUUUUCUCAACCCUCAAGAUCUCUCGGAGUUAGUCCUCGUAUCAAAGGACUACUACUCACUGUUCAUCCCCGCUCUCUAUGACCGAGUUGUCCUCCCUCUCAAUGCUUACUGGGACGACGGAUACAGACUCCUGGAUGGGGAGGAGACAAACCCCGUGCGUCGAUUCUCCCAGGCGAUGAUCGAGAACCCGCGCCUCGCACCCUUGGUCCGCUCUCUAAUUCUGUACCCAAGCCAUUGUGAAGAAUGGGAGUCCCGUGCUCCACUCCCGGCCGUGCCGGAGGAGAGAUUACGGGCUCUGAUGCUGCCAUACGGGGAUGCAAAACGCAAGCACCGACGGAAGUACCGCGCUUGGCGAAGAGAUCUCCGGUCCGAUCGGGAACGGCAAGAUGACUACCGAGAACCCAAGAACUACGAGGAUGCCUGGCUGGCAUUGCUGUUGGUCCAGGUUCGGAACCUCGAGAAGUUAGCCAUCCGACUGCCGGAGGAACGCAUGAGAUUCAAUUUCAAGCACAUCCCACGGACGCAGGGAUACACCACGCAUUUUGACCGAGUGAUCCACUGGGCGGGAAACACCGAGCUUGGGAUCCUCACGCGCCUUUCCCAGGUCUCCCUCCGCGAUGGGCCGGUCUGGGAUAAUGAGGGAGCCAUCGAGGCCGUGCCCCUGAGGCGAAUGCUUCCCUACCUACGCAUCCCGUCUCUCCGCACACUCUACAUCCGCAAUCCAUGCAACAGUCCACUGCCCCGUAAACUUCUCAGGGAUCUGGUGCCAACCCCUUCCUCACUCACGCACAUCGACCUGGAAGGGCCGUACGAUGCCCUGUCCAACCUACCCCGAUUCCUUGAAUGGUGUCCAAACCUUGAGUCGUUCGCCGUGGAGAUGAAUCAGCCCUGGGACUGGCGUGGCUGGGUGGAUGUCUCGCAUCUCUAUUGUCCGCUCCAAAAGUCUCGAUCCUCCUUGCGUCAUCUCCACGUGGCCUUUGCUGGCCCGGGACGCGAGAUCACGCAGGACGCGGAGAGUCCCCAGCCCACCUUCUUCGGCGAUCUUUCUGUUUUUCCGAAUCUGCACACGGUGCAUAUGCGAUGGAGCAACCUGCUUCCCUUCCACGGGAGCCGCGCGCUAGAACCCGCGCAACCUCUUCGAACACUAUUGCCGCGCUCGUUGCAGAAUCUGUACAUCGAGGAUUGCCUAAUGCAGGGCGCAUGGGCGCUUGGGGACGAGCUCGAAGGCUUACUCCAGUAUCGCCGGGAGGAGCGCGGCCGAGGAGUGGCGCCAUCGAGGGAUCAGAAGGCUCCUGAGCCGGACCUUGCUUGGGAAGGCCGACUGCGUGGGUUGCAGGAGGAACUCGGGGCGCUGGGGGUGUCUCUGCGCGUGAUCGAACGCGGCGCAAGCGUGCCCUUCCCUCCGGACCGGGCCCUAAGGCACAAAUGGCCCCUCUGCGAAAAUGGCAAAUACUACGACGAUUUCAACUACUAG